CCCGAGAUAGUCACGCUGCAAAACAAAAGCAAAUAACUGCUCAACAGAUUUUAUUUACUCAAUGUCAUCGAGAUCUUGAACAAGAUUCAAACAAAGGAAUUGAAGUACUUGAAUCAGCUGAAUAUGAAUGGAAAUCAGCAACUAAAAGUGGUCAACAACAAACAGAUGAUUUAUUUUCCUCUACAAUAAAUUCAAUUCUACCAUUAUUUUCAUGUUUAGAUAAAAUUAGAUAUUAUUGA